UUCAAUUUGACACUUGGUCUGAAACAUUUUUGAUCAGACUAAGUGGAGACAUAUUUGUAACCUGGAAAGAGAGAAAGAGCAAGGUGAAGAGAAAAUGUAAGAGCAAGCAAUUCGGUUCCAGUGUAGAAAAAUGUUUCAUUUUCAUAUUCAACCAGAGGUGAAAGGAGUCAUGUGAAUGUAUAGUACUGAUGUGUUCCAGAUGGCAUCCUAUUCCACAGAACCAUUUCCCGGCCGCUUUAUGAGAAGUUGUGAGCGCAGUUUGGAAUCAAAAAGCUCUGUUUACCUAGCAGUGGAUAUGAUCACGUGCAACUUCAAAUGCAGCUCAUUCAAGUUAACAAACAUGUAAUCAUAUACAUCACAGAUUUCAUCAGAGGUUUGAUUACCUACUGUAGCAAGCCAGCCAGGCAAGGUAAAAUAUCACAAAUAGAGAUGGGUAUAGCCAGAAGAAGAAUAUACUUGUUGAACAGAGCUAUAGCCAUCAGUCUUGCAUGUUUUUAUUUUUAAUCACUCACUCACUAUUAGUCAAGGUCUCGACUUAAGCGUUAGCUAUCCUGCUACAGAGGUUUUUGGUGUGGGAUGUGUGUGCAUCCCUCAAACGUGACGUUUGCUUGUAAAAUUAUUAUUUUUUAAAUGGCUCUAUAUAAUGCACUACUUUUGACCAAGGCCCUUGGAGUAAUUUCAGACACAAUCACAGUCUAUUCGCCAUUAAUUUGUCCCCCUCUUCUCCCUGGCUGCAGCACAUAGUGAAGUGUCACGGCAGCACUCUGCUGCCCCAGUUCCUGGGGAUGUACCGUGUGGGUGUAGAGAAUGAGGAGACCUACCUGAUCGUCAUGAGGAACAUGUUCAGCCACAGACUGGUGGUGCACAGGAAGUACGACCUUAAGGGCUCUCUGGUGUCUCGUGAAGCAAGUGACAAAGAGCGGGUGAAAGAGCUGCCCACCUACAAGGACAUGGACUUCAGAAACAACAUGCAGAAGGUGUAUGUGAACGAGGAGCAGAAGGAGAAGGUCAUGGAGAAACUCAACAGAGAUGUGGAGUUUCUUGUCAAGCUAAAGAUUAUGGACUACAGCCUGCUCCUGGGUAUCCAUGACUUGGGGCGGGCUGAGCGGGAAGAGGAGGAGGGAGAGGAACCCUCUAUUGAGGAGGAUGGGGAGACUGAGAAUGGCCUGAUGCAGGUCCCUAACGCGUGCUCCUACAGCACGUCUCCUGAGGGCAUCGCUGGCUACAUGGCCUCCUGCAAGCCCCUGGGGCCCGGGGAGUUUGACCCCUAUGUGGAUGUGUAUGCCAUAAGGAGUGCCCCUGGAGCCCCUCAGAAGGAGGUGUACUUCAUGGGUCUGAUAGACGUUCUAACACAGUACGACACCAAGAAGAAAGCCGCUCACGCAGCCAAAACUGUCAAGCAUGGGGCUGGUGCUGAAAUCUCCACUGUCCACCCAGAACAGUACGCCAAGCGAUUUCGUGAUUUCAUCGCCAACAUCUUUGCAUAGCAGGACAUUAUAACCACCACUGAUACAACCAACCUUUUCCCAUUUAGAUUGGAUGGUUUGUAUUGUUCUUUUGUUCUUUUUUACUUUUGUUCUGGGACUUUCUGUCUUGUUUUUCUUCUGAUGUACAUUUAUAUCAUGAAACAUUGACCCAAAAAAUCUAAACACACAGAUCAUGUUAUUUUGAUCUCACACUUUACUGUUUCCAUUGUUGUAAUGUAUUACUGACUGAUACAUAUUUAUUUUUAGAUUGAUAAGAUGAAUGUGAUUCCAUAUUGAUAAGCACUCUUGACUGACUUUGUAGCAAAAGGGUACUUAGGCUAAUACUGCUGCUUUGUGUCCUCAGAGAGAUGUUACACUGAAAAGGAUAGAAUAGACUUAAAGGGACAACCUGGGAUUGAUAUAUCGACCACUUUGUUGUUUGUUUGAAUCCCAGAUUGCCCCUAUAACCCAGUCAGUUGAAAUCCUGGGUCGUGUCCAUUAAGCACCAAACAGAAGGAAGUGGCGGGAAACUGGGAGGUGCUGUACUACCAAUGACUAACUACCUGAACUUGUCCAAUAAGAAAUCACAACCUUGGAUUGGUCUGAUGUACUGAAUAUACUAAUAUAACUGGACAUAGGAACAUAUCAUUGUAGUGAACCCUACAGUAAAUAUCAGAGCAAUUUGUCUCUGUCUUCUGGGAUUUGCCAUGAACGUCCCUCAUCAUCAUCUCACAUUGGCUCAUGUGUAGCAUUAUGCUAUCAUGAGUAAACUUGGAACCAGACCCUGUUGUUGGACUGACAAUGUCCUUUUGAAUACCUUUUGGUGCCUCAAACUGAGUCAUUUUUAAAGGACUUCUCAAGAUCAUUGUUAUGGGGAAUAUAAGUAUAAUCAUUCCAACUCCCUCUCACACAUUGUCAUGCCAAACAUGUUUUCUUGACAAUGACAGCAAUGGACCAAGCUAGAAUAAAAGAUGAGUAGAGGUAGACGAUGGUCUAUGCUUGGUCAGAUUUGACGACGACUAUUAUUAUGACAUUUGAAUAGACUCCACAGAAGAGUAGUAUGUGUCACUCAUAGAAUAUAGCACUACAUUUCAGCUGCUUUAUGCAAUUUGAUUGCCUUAAAGAUGUGAUGAGUUUUCUAGUAUAGAAGUUGAAUACAUUGACGGGCUGAAUAGUUACAGUAUGAGUAAGUGAAGCCUUGUAACCAUUGUGAUUGCACGUCUUGUAUUUUUGCAAAUCAGCUUUUGGAUCAAAAUAUAUUUUACAAAGAUUUUC